GUUUUCUGUACUUGCAUGUCCAUCGAGGGCGAAAGUCGGGAGAGCUCAUUUGGUUGGGAGAGCGAAGUGAGGUCUACUCCCCGGGCCGUAAGGGAGUAGACCUGUAACCGGUCCUAUAUGACGAUGACAAGCAUGUAUCUGUACAUGUUUGUCAUCGUCACAGAUAGGUCAGUUACAGGCCUAGUAAGGGAGUAAGCUUCACCAUCGCAUCCACAUGUCUGUUCCUGACAGGCGUCGUUUGCGUGUAACUUCUCUUUCAUUAAUAUCUGCUCUUAGAGUUUUCGAAGUAAUCUGGAAUCCGAGUACUCUCGUUUUCUUGUGCUUGAGCUUCUCUGCGGAAUUUCUCGAGGCUGUAAUUUGCGCACCUUGCUGCUCGGCUUACUUGACAGGCAUACGGCAAACAGUAUUUUCAACUGUUUUGUCUGGUUGAAACCCUGAAUCGAAGAUGCAGUCACUUAUGAAGAAUAGCAAAACCUCACGCAAUAAAGUCUCUAGAUCAUGCCAGCCAUGGAGCUAUAGGCCCUAGUCCGAGUUGAACGAAUCUCAAGGUCUACUGGUUCCUCCUACAGGGAUCUAUCCUCUUAUUGCAUUCUUGCACUUCACAGAUCUCCUUCAUCCAUGGCAACCCCACUCGCAUCACGUCUGCUAGACUUUCCCACUGAAAUCCUAUUGUCCAUCUUCGCAGAGGUGUCUACAAUUGGCCCUCGCACUGACGUUGCAUCCAAGAAUCUCUGCUCGUUUAGCCAGGCGCCCGGAGCUGAACCAACAUUACCCUCUCCCUUAAACAUUGCCAGUGUUUGUCAACGAUGGCGUGAAAUCGCGUUGGAAGAUCCCGAACUAUGGUCUUCCUUCUCGAUUUCAUUAGAUUCCAAGCGAUUUGCAUCACCUCUCACGCUGCAAUGGUUUGAAUUGUACGUUGCGCGCUCAAAAGAGACAGGAAUAACAAUAAGGGUGCAUGGCUGGUAUCACGACGACUACUCGUACUCACGGGAACUCAAUACCUUCAUGAACGUCCUCGGCUCUAGCAUUGAUUCUUGGAAGGAAUUGGACGUAACCGCUGCCGCCUUACCUGCAGGUUGGGAUACUAUGGCCAAGUCUUUCUUCCAGCUCCUCGACGCUACGGUUUGCGCUCACUAUUCGGACGGCAUUGGAGUCCAACACGCACCCCAGUCUCAUUUACGCUCACUGAUUAUCAACGAGCCACCCUAUCUCCCAGCCAAACCUCCGCCUUCAUCAUUCGCAACCGAGCGGAGCCACUUGGAAGUUCACUUCCAACACCUCACUUCCCUCACUAUCGUAUCCCAGCUUCACUUUCACCGUUUAUGGUACUGUGGGAUCUUAUCCCGCUGCUCCUCCACUCUUACCGAUCUCACCAUUGAACUGCUGGGCGUGCCAGACUCCGGACCUUUCUGUCGAUGGAAUGUUCUUCCCGUUCUUCGUUCUCUCACAGUCAUUAUCAAAUGGCGGAAGGGUAAUCCUCAGGAUGCAUUAGCAUUGAUUUUCAGCGCGCUGGUCUGUCCCAGUUUGAAGAGAAUGGAGGUGAGAGUCGAGACGGAAUUCCCUUGUGCGACAACCAGGGGACAGUGGCCUGGUCCAGAAAUUGUCGAUUUCCUCACUGCCCGGUUUUUGGAAGAUCCAAAGGCGGAUCUGGACGAACUUUGUAACGCCAAAAUUAGUGGGCUCAAAGAGAUCGUACUCAUUAACGUGGUGAUAACGGCCCAGGAAAUGAAAGACUUGAUACAAGCCGCGCCAGGAUCAAAGAUAGUGGUUUGCCAGCAGAUUUGCGAUGGAAAUGCCUAUCGCUUCGAGGACGGAUAGAUAUAUGACAUGUAAAUAUUUAGACGACACCAGAUGAGUGUGAUGCCACGAUUUUCCACUUAAGACCCAACUCUCAACAUUCAGCCUUCGGAAUUCAUUGACGUAACUUUACAUUGGAAUUUUUUUGCACUCCUGAUCUAAAAUUAUAUACUUCUGCCACUGUAUAUUUAUAUCGCACCCCAUCACCUUAAUCCUCAGCUUGCCCGGCGAUGAUU